UUAAACGUAAUGUCAUGAUUAAAGCGAUUCCUCCAGAACUUGGAAAUCAUGUCUAAGGCAGGGGGAAACAAAGCUUUAUGCUUCCAAGAUUUCUGAUCACAGUAAGACGAUCACCUCUAGCAGAGUUUUUUUGUUUCCAGAUUACCGUCGUGUAAGUGAAAUUUUGUCAUUUCCGAUUCUGAAAGCAAAGGGGAAUAUUUUUAUUAAGCUGACCUCUGGGGCAAAGCUCCACACACCUGGAGAGAACUGAAGUCGCUAAAAAUCACGUCUGUGCUGUCCUCUGUAGAGUCGAAAGACACAUGAUGCCCAAACUAUUUUUGCCCUGAAUACACUUGGCUGCCUUUCACAUUUCUGAGUUCUCACUGUGAAAAAAAAAAAUCCUCAUGUAUCCUGAAGUUCCCAAUAUACGCAUAAAUCCGUGUGGCUUGGCAGCAUCCCUCUCUCUUCUCUGUGUAUACAUUCUAUAGGCGUAUCUUAUGCAUUUAUAUGUGCAUGCACGCAUUCGUACAGAGCACGCAAACUUCUACAUUCGUACAGCCAGAUACAGAGGCACACACAAACUGCGCUCUGUGUGUCUGUCUGUCUGUCUGUGGAAGGCUGUACUGUAGAUCCCUCUCCGUAGCCGCACUGGUUACAUGGAUCCGCGCCUGUAUGUACAUUGGGAUGCCCGAGGUUCUGACCACCACGAGACCAGGGGCAGCGCCGACCCCUCUCCUUCCGUCUGAAGACAGCAUCACUGCCCCAGCUGGCAAGGUAUAAAGCUGAGAAUACAGAGGAAGAGAGGCUUAGAGAGCUUCACCUCAUUGCCUCAUUCUCCCUUUCAUGUGAACAUCCAUCCUGCCGCACCUCUCACCUGGCCAGCGCUGCCCAGAUCAUGUCCGCUAAGCUUCUGCCGGUUUUCUUCCUCCUCUCAGUGUUUCACGCCUGUUCUAGAAAAGUUGAAGAGGAUGAAUAUGAAGACGGAAUAACUAACCAAAAAUGGGUUUUAGCUCCAAAAACACAAGACACAGACGUGACUCUCAUACUAAACAAGCUGUUGAGAGAGUACGACAAAAAGCUACGGCCAGAUAUUGGAUUAAAACCAACAGUUAUUGAUGUUGACAUUUAUGUCAACAGCAUUGGUCCUGUAUCAUCAAUAAAUAUGGAAUAUCAAAUUGAUAUAUUUUUUGCCCAGACGUGGACUGAUAGCCGUCUUCGUUUCAACAGUACCAUGAAAAUACUGACUCUGAACAGCAACAUGGUUGGCUUGAUUUGGAUCCCAGACACGAUAUUUCGUAACUCGAAGACAGCAGAGGCUCACUGGAUCACUACACCCAACCAGCUCCUCCGCAUAUGGAAUGACGGCAAGAUCUUAUACACCCUAAGGCUUACCAUCAAUGCUGAGUGCCAGCUGCAGUUGCACAAUUUCCCAAUGGAUGAACACUCAUGUCCUCUGAUAUUCUCUAGCUAUGGAUAUCCUAAAGAGGAAAUGAUUUACAGAUGGAGAAAAAACUCAGUGGAGGCUGCUGACCAGAAAUCGUGGAGACUCUAUCAGUUUGACUUUAUGGGUCUGAGAAAUACAUCAGAAGUUGUGAAAACCUCGGCAGGUGAUUAUGUAGUCAUGACUAUAUACUUCGACUUAAGUAGAAGAAUGGGAUACUUCACUAUUCAAACAUACAUUCCCUGUAUAUUAACAGUUGUUCUUUCCUGGGUAUCCUUUUGGAUUAAGAAAGAUGCCACACCAGCAAGAACAGCAUUAGGCAUUACCACGGUAUUGACCAUGACAACUUUGAGUACUAUUGCAAGAAAGUCAUUACCCCGUGUCUCCUAUGUCACUGCUAUGGAUUUGUUUGUGACUGUAUGCUUUCUAUUUGUCUUUGCUGCUCUGAUGGAGUAUGCAACCCUCAACUACUACUCAAGUUGCAGGAAGCCUAACUGUGCUAAGAAGAAAAAAUCGCUACCUGAUGUCAGUUUUGGUCAUGUAAUGAAUUAUUCUGUACUUGACAUGAGACCACCAACUACAGUCAUUGCAUUGAACAAUGCCAUGUAUUGGCAAGAAUUUGAAGAUGCCUGUGUCUAUGAAUGUCUGGAUGGGAAAGACUGUCAGAGCUUUUUCUGUUGUUACGAAGAGUGUAAAUCAGGCUCAUGGAGGAGAGGACGGAUUCACAUAGACAUCUUAGAACUGGACUCUUACUCUAGGGUCUUUUUUCCUACAUCCUUCCUGCUGUUUAACCUGGUCUACUGGGUUGGAUACCUCUAUCUAUAAAUGUUGCCUGUAGUGGUGAAGACUGCUGUGUUUUCACACCACAAAGAGAUGGUAAAAGUGCAGAAAAAGUGAAGAACAUGAUCAGUUUCAUCUCAAAUUAUAAAGGCCACAUUAACCUUCACCAUCACAAAGCCUGAUGAAGAAUUUUAAUUAAUAAUUGCCUGAAAAAGAAAAAUGUGGAAGAAUUCUCUACUUGAUGCUAUUAAUUUUAAGGAAAAGAAUCUUUAAAAAUUCAGCUGAAUUUGUAGUGUAAGCAAUGUUUAUAAAUAAUUAUUGUAUAUUGGAAUCUCUACUAUUUUGCCCUGGCAUAAAAGCUAUACACCAUUCAGGCAAAAGAUUAAAUAUGUCAUUUUUGGUUUUGAUUCUCAUACUUUCUUCAAAAUGCUGUCGUAUCCUGGAGAGGCUCAGAGCAACAUACAGUAGCAAUGGCAAAUAAGUCAAAGCUGACAAAUCCACUCAUUGCUUGAGCUAUGUCACAUAGGUUUUGAGAAACAUCUCAUUGGUGAUCUCCUUGCUAUAGAGAAAUCACCAAAUGACAGUGAGAAAUAUCUCUAGUGGGUUCAAAACACAGACAUCGCUUUCUGCAAAGGUCUGGUAUUUGCAGAAUCAUUCAUGUACCUACACAUAUUGAUUUUAACUUAGGGUGAGAAUGCAGAGUUACUAGAAAGCUAUUAUUUUGAUAUAAAUAAAAGACUUGCUUAUCUCUGAAGCAGCUGUAGGCAUAACUUCUACAGAUUUUCCACCUUUUAACUGUAUUUUUUAUGACUGGUUAAACAUAUGGUCAUUGAUUUCUAAAGUACUUGACGCAGGAAGAUUCCUGCUUGGUUUUGCAUCAUUGUAGCAGAUCAUAGUUGAUAGACCAUGAGUAAAAAUCACUAUAUAAUAGCACUAGGAACACGUGACUUUCUUCAGAUUUCAAUUUACUGAAAAGUGCUGUCAUGCAUUCUUGUUUUUUCUCUCAAAGUUAUUUUAAAAAAUUGAAAAAUGUGUGCCAUAGGACAUUUUUCAUUCCUUCCAUAAAGGUAAAAAUUGCAGUCCUUACUCACAUCAAUUGUUACUAGUUCUGAGCUGAAAACUGAACACUUGUGACUUGAAUAGUGGAUUACAGAAUCUCCAUUGUCCCACUUGGAUUAAGCAUGGAACAGUUGCCACAUGUAGAAAAAGGUGGGUUUCAUUUUUUUCCCAGACUACUAACUAUAUUUUAUCCUUAAGACCUAUUUUGUAUUUUUUCAAGCUUUUAACCAUUAAAUACUUAAACUACCAUUUUUUUCAAAAGCUAGUUUUACAGUAUUAAACUAGAUUAUGUCUUUUACAGAUCGUAUUAAUAAUUGCUAUUAAGAAAACAAUACAGAUUAAAAACUAAAUAGCAAUGGUUUUUCAUUACCCUUUGGGAGACAAAUGGUCACAAAUUAUUAAAGUUAAAACAGACCUAAAGAAAUUCCUUUUUUUUCCCCUUUUGGGGAACCUGAUAAUUUUUGUAUCAUAGCAAAAAAAUGUGUGUCUUUUCCACAGAGUAUAUGAUAAGAAAUGAGCAGGAGAUGUGAUUGAAGAGCAGUCUUUUUUCUCCUUAGUAGGAAAAUGCUGCAAACAAGCAAGAAUUGAUGUAAUGGUGAUUCUAAAGGAAGAGAAAUGCUGUCGUGUUCUUUAAAACAUCACUGUCUGUCAUUGCUGUUGCUCUGUGCUUCCAGUGAGUUUUUAAUUGAAAAAGAUUACUAAAACAAAAGUUAACUGUAGUUAUUCUAAAUACUUUCUUCUGUUUUUCACUAGUCUAAAAUAUGAGAGACAGAGCUGUGUUAUGUGAGGAGGGAAAUCAAAUCUCCGAGGACUAACAAAAUUGGAAUUAGAAGCAAAAAGAAGAAAUAUUUUGGGGCAGGAUCAAAGCCUUGUUUUUAGCAAAAUCUACCCAAUCUAAUGUCUUUUGAACCAAUUAUAACCUUCUGAUUUCAAAAUACAUGUUGAAAUUUUUGCUAACUGUCAGUAGCAAAUUACUCUGUAAAAUCUAUUACUCUGUAAACCUCUGUGUCCUGCACUUGGAAGUAUGGAUUUUAUUUAAGGAUGACAGCUAUAAUUUCAGCAGUGCAAGAAGGUGACUGAAUUGAAGUUGAAUAUCCUGGUCUGUAACUCUGAAUUAGUCUACUCUAACAACCACCUUCAGCCAUAUUUUGCAAGAGAACUAGAAAUAUUUCAAGUCUAAAUAAAAGAAUGGAAAGUCAUCCUUUAGGGGUCUGAUACUGCAAACCCUCUGCACAAUCAAUUGAUUUUGGUGGGAGUAUUGAGACAGAUGAAGCACAGGAAGAUGCCUUCCACCAUUAGAUCUUUAACCAGUAAAGUGAAAUUUAUUUAAGCAAUUGCAUCCUUGAAUGAAUGUUCUGGGAAUAAGUGUGGAAGUGGAGCCUUCCCAUUUGAGAUGAUGAACAUAUACUUUUAUUACACUUCUGCUCAUGGCUACCUGUUCCUGCUGAGAGUGUGCAAUACCAUGAGAUCCUUAUUUGGAAGAGUGAUGCUGCUAAGCCCAUUUGCAUUCCAUCUGUUUUCUGAGUGCUUUCAUAAAACAGAAGCUGGGAGCGUAUAAUUCCACUUUUUUUCCAAGGUCCUAAGCAAGAAAGAAUCUGCAGCCACUACUGCCUUCUGCUUUUAUACUGACAGGAGAAGACAUCAAUUUGUAAUGUAUUCUUCUCUGGGGUUAAGUGAAAGAAAAUUAUUUGUAUGCAAGCCCACAGGCUGGCAGGUUCCAGAAUACAUUCCUCUGCUUAUUCCUAGUUGCUUGGUUUACUCUCUCUACUUCACUGCUCUGUGCUUUAGCAGGCACGGAAGCAUCAUAGGGAUCAGGGAAGAUAAGUUUUCUAGGCUCUGCAUCAUUCAAAAUACAAUUAUUCUAGACACUUAGAUAACAUAGUCUACAUAUAUCUACAUGACAUAUCUUUCUGCAGUAGUAAGAAUAUCCUACUUAACUUCCAGAUAUUCUUUCGCUUCUUUUGCAAAUUGAAAGGAAUUAGCACUUAUGCAUACUGUCAUGUGAGAAACGUAAGAACCACCUUCAAGCAUUUUAGAACAUAUUAUUAUCAGAUAAUUUCAUAUUCAAGACUUGCAUUUAUUAAACUACUUUUUCCUUUUUUAAUUUAGUACUUCUUUUUACCCUUCCAAGGAAAGGAAGGGAAUGGAGGAAGGCAGUAACCAGCUUUUCCCAGGAGCAUCUUAAGUCUUACUUCUUAUUCUCCCCCCUUAAUUAGAGGUUGAGGGACAGUGUUUUCCUACAUUGAGGACAGCAUUUUCAAUGGAAUUAAGAAUGUGUAAAAACACUGGUCUGGUUAAUCCAGUCUUCUCCAUUCUUCUGGCCCAGACGUCUAGCAUACCGACAACUCUUUCUUUUACAGCCAUUCUUUCAAGAAUAAGUCUGUCAAAACUUACAGUCAGUUUAUGCUGUCUCCAUGUGCAAUACUAACAUGGAACUGAUGUAUACCACACACCACACAAUUUUAAUGUAACUUUAUAAACAAGAAUCAUGACUGUAAAUUAAAGUACCUCAGGUAUUUUGAUAACCUUUCUUUUCUUUCCUCCUCCAUCAUCUCCUCCUCCAGAAGCUCAUUUCCUCUUCCAUCAUCUCGCAAGUGUUUAUUGGAAUAUUGUACAUCGCAAAAAAAAAAAUGAAAAAUUACAACAGGAAGAAUCGAAAAACAAGAAUUGUCUUCACAGGGGCAGCGAUGAGUAGUGGGGCUAAAAGAAGAGGGAGGAAUUAUUUCUUAUUGUUGUGCAGUUUUCAUCUGUUCCACUUCUCUUAUUCAAUUCUUCCUACCAACUACCCACAGCUAAUUCCAAAUCAUUCACCUAGUGGUUUGCACAUGCAUCUGCUGGAACAGCAGUGACACAUGAGCCUUUAGCCAGUAGGAAAUUAUAUUUCUGGAACUGGAGGCAUCCUACCAAAUAACUCAGAUAGAUAGCUAUCUCAUACACUUUUGCAGUCCUAAUGUGUCUCAGAGUCUAGCACCUGAGGUUGCUGCAUAAAUUUGUCACAACUCAUCUUACUUCCUUUUUACAUCAAAUUGCACCAUACAUCUAGAAAAAUUGCUCUGCCCUGCCCACACUCCAAGGAACCAGGUGCAAGACAGCUUUGAAAAGACCACAGCUACUGGACUGCUGACUUUAUGGGAAGGGACACUCAAUAUUUUAAAACAGAUUUCACUAGCCUCACAAUCUGGACUAAUGGUGUUACCUUACAAGCUGUAAAACAAAGUGCCCACUGCAAGUAACUUGCCCACUUGCAAGAAAAGGCAAGCCAUACCCCAUAAUGACAGCUGCCUACACAAUUAGAUGAUUUUUUUCAGGGUUUAUACUUCUUGCUUACAGUGAAAUCUUCGUGCCUCUAACAUUAGUGCCUUUAGCAUUUCUUGAUAUUGAAGGAUAUACUAUUCCUGGCCUAAGAAUUAGAAAGAGGGACAGUGACCUUGGUGGAGUUCUUCCUGAGCACCACAGUGUGUGACCAAUAUUCUAAAUGUCUUCAAGCUCCACAUUGAGUAUUUUUCUGAUUUUUCUUUAUUUUUUAGGCAGUCUAUAGAUUUCUUAUUUCCUAAGUAGCAAGAAAACGAGUGGAGUUUCAGCAGUUUAUCAGAAUUCUUCCUUCUUCACUUAACAACCUCAUUCCACUGAGAGAUGCAGACAUAAACUCAAAGCUGAUGUUUACCUCAUCCAGGUCACUUCCCAGAAGACUGUUUAAAAUAGGCAAAAACUGAACUAUGCAUUGGGAAUGUGGUAAUGCAUUUCCACAGCUGAAAAGUGAGGUUCCUUUCGCUUUAGAGUUUUAUUUUUUUCUGAGUUAAUUUCAGAUCUACCCUCCCUCUCUCUACCUAUACAACCAGCAAGCAUAAAAUCAUCUCAACUUACACUUAAAAAAAGCCUGUAGUGUCAUUAGUCUUACACUGUAUUUACACGUCUGUAACCUUCUUAUGUUUCAUCUCAUCCUCUUCUUGAAGCACUGUUGUAUACAUGUGAAGAAUGAAGGCCUUCCUUCAAGACUCAACAACUUCAAGCCUUAACAGUUUUACUUUUUCCCCUGUGAACAAUGAUUUGUCUGGGAUACAAACAGAAAAUCUACUUUACUCCUUAUUUAGGCCACUGACUCAGAAACUAAAACCAAAACUAUGUUUUCUAUCUAAAGUGAAAUGAUGUUUUAACUGAAAAAAUAAUCUCCACUUGAACAGCUUUGCUUUGACAAGUUAAACGGUAAUUUUUUCUAUACCGUACCUUUGGUGGAAAACGCAAAGAUAAAUGUUACUCUAUAACGCUGUCAAGGACUAAAUAUUGAAUUAGGGAUAAAUAUGGUUUUAAUCAUCCAAUUUACAUGACAGCUGUUUCUUUAAAUGACUUUGCAUUGUGACUGACUUCAAGCAAUUGGUUAGCAAACACUGGCAUUCCUCAAGGGGUAUAUCCGAUGUCUCUGACGACGUAUGCCUUUCUACAAAAUUUACUUUCUUUUAUUUUUUUCUCUUUUGUUCUGAGUCCUCAAGCCAGUGUCUGUAUGUAUCUGGAGUCUUCAAGAAUUUUCCUAGAAUAUAUGUGAAAUUAGACCAUAAAAUUCAUCAUGAAGUUCAGUGCUUCAGAGCUGGACAUCUGAGAUUUCUCUACUUUCUAUCAAAACAUGCAUUUUGAUCUUCUAAUCAUUUGCUAUUUAUGAAGGAAAAAGUAAGACAACAGAAGACAUGGUUGUAUUUAUUCAUAUGUCUGGGAGUAGACUUUCUCAAGGACUGAACCCGGCAAACCAGACACCCAUAUAGUCAGUUAUGUGCCAGGUAUUCUUUGUCUAAGCAAUGAGUGACACUACUCAGAGGAGCAACAACAGCCUGUUUAGUGUCAUGGAAAUAUUCACAUAAAUCAGCUUUACUUGGAGGCCUAAACCAGCCUGUAGGGCUUCUUAUAGGGAAAACCAGGUACUUCCUUUAGUAUUUAAUACAGCACUUAAUACUCUUCUAAUGUCUCUCUACCUUCUUGCAGACAAUGGAAGUGCUUGGGAGAGAUGAUACUGUACUGACACAGUGUGUUAUAAAAUACAAAGAAUAAAAUAUCCUCAGUGGAGUCAGCGAUGGUUUGUUAUUGAGACUGUGUUACGAUUACAAGAUUUAAAGAAAACUCAUCUAGUCAAAAACUUCCUCUUAAUCAAGACCAUUGACUACAUGAAAGAUUUAAGUUAAAAUAGCCUUACAAGCAAACAGGAAGAGCUUUGGAUUGUAUUCUGUCAGAGCUGACUAUCCAUUGACUGGCUUCAAAGCUUGUGGAGAGCAGACCUGUACCUUAAGUACUUAAAGUGAGAUUUGUGAUCUACAGACUUAAAGAGGGGCCUCAUACAGGUGAAUGCCAAUAUUUCUAAAUUGCACAUUAAUAGAAAAUAGAUUAAGAGAACAAUAUUGGCAGCACAUUUAAAAAAAAAAAUCUCACACUGACAAAUGAAUGUGGAGCAGUGCAUGUUACAGAGCCCGUUCAGCAGUCACAGACCACAUGGGAUCCUCAAAAUGUGCACUGCUAUUGAACUGAUGGAAAGCUGGUAAAAUAAUAUCAGCUGACAGUAUUGCACAGGCAGAUUGGGGAAGUAUGGCACUGUCAGAGAAGGUGCUCAAAAGGAAAUAAAAUUUCGGAAUAAGCUUCCACAAAACAGUGGUUUUCUGAACAACAGUAGGAAACCUUGUGCAGAGAGAUUACAGUAUCUGUUCCCCAUAUCCUCUUUUGUAGUCAUUAAGGAAUCCUGUGACUUUAUUACCAUCCAUGCUUACAUGCAAUACCAACCAUAAAUCUUGGGCCAACAUGUGGCUGUCACAAGUAGGAACACUAGGCUGAAGGGAAUCUGAGCUCAGUCUGUGGCUACUACAGGUAGUCAUCAGACUCCUCUUACCAUCUUGUUUUAAACUCUCAGUAUACUGCUCUCAGAACAUUUUUUUCCAAAUAUGACAUCAUAUGUUUGUCUGGGUUUUUUUAAUUUUAAGUGAGUGCAACUUUAAGAAUCACAUAAAAAUUGCCAACUCUGUGCCAAAUUGAAAUUUGUUAGAGAAGAGAAAUAAAAUUUUACAUUUCUAAUUAUCCUUCCUUCCUAAGUUUUUCUUAGGGGUGUGUGAUUUCUUUGCUAGCAGUGCAGCUUGUGAUGUUAUAGUGAAAUGAAAGUACAAUUAUGUGCCCAAUGUGCCUUGAAUAAUACAGGUAGCACUAGUACCAGUAUGUCACUCUAAGUUAGAUAGCCAUCCUAGUGAGUCCCCAGACUGACUGAACCAGAAAAGUCAAACACCCGAGUACUUAAUCUCCUCAAGUUCUCAAAGACUUUCUCUUAUUGACAACAUCCAUUCCAUUUUACUUUGUGUUAAAGAGUAGGGCUGUGUGUCUAGAAUACUAUUUAUAUUCGUAUUUUGAUCCCAACAUUUGUAUUUCUGAAUACAAAUAAAUACGCAUUAUCAGAAAACGCAAGUAUUGUGUGCAUAUAUUGGUGGUUGUGUUUUCUUAUGGAAAUUGAGAGUUUAACAGAAUAGAAACAGACAUCUGAAAAAUUUUCUAAGAAAAGACGCAUAGUGUGUUACCUUUCUGAUAGGUUCUUAAAAGAAAAUUUCAAAAGAUUCUUUUAAAAUGAUUUUCAAUAGUCACCAUGAGCAGGCAGUAACAAAAAGUAUGAGAAGAUUUGAGACUGAGGUUUAUCCAUGGUGCUAACAAAAAGUGGGAAAUUCAAAGAUAUCCAGAAAAUCCAGCAA